AUGGUGCGAGGCCUGCGUGAGAGGGAAUGGGGCGACCAAUUCGUGCAGGCGCUCGCUCUCAACCAGAAGGGCGCAGGGGGGGCGCAGAUCACCCUGGGCUUCUGCUACCUGAAGACCAACGGCGACUGGGCUGACAUCGGGGGCGAGGAGCCGCCCGCGGCGGAUAUCAUCGCGGCGACGCUCGUAAUUGGAGACAGGGACGCGCUGAUGUUCCACGCGGCUUCGAUGCCGACCAAGGCGGUCGCUGGCUACGCGGUGGCCAGCGUGAGCAGCUUCAUCGAGGGCGUGCAUCUCGCCGCAGAGGUGCGCAAUAAGCUGAGCAAUGACAUCAAGCUGGCGGAGAAGCGCGGGAACCUGAAGGGCAGUCAGAGCACGGGCGCGGUCGAGGCUCCGAUCAUGUGGUUUCAGGCGAAGGUAAGGACGUACAAGUUCGACGUGGAGAAGCGCUGCGGCAUGAAGAUCGCAGCGGGCGCGCCGAUCUGGUGCUGGCUAACGAGAUGCACUAGUUGGGCAACCUCUACGUGCAGACCACGGGCCGAUGGGGGGGCAUCUCGUCGGGCAGCAUUCGGGGUGACCCACAACGGCGAGAUUCCUCCCUUCGCGGAGACGGCGCCCUUCAAGGUGCCGACCUCCCACGCGAGGCAGAGUGCAGCGACGUCGCUCAAGCGCAAGGGCAAGUCGAGCUUCGUGAAUGGCGUCUGGAUCGGGAAGCACAAGGAGAGCGGCGAUCGCUUCUUCCUGGCGCCUGCGGGGUGGCAUCGCGCCAGGGCCCGCGGGGGGCUGGGGCCGGCGCUGCGGACUGACGCGAAGCUCGCGAAGCGACCUCAGGGGGAGAACGCGGUGGAGGAGGACGCGCCGAUGACCCCGAGGGGCCAGGCCAGGCCCGCGGACGGUGAGGAAUUCGGCUCACCGGGGGGGCCCGCAAGGGAUGUUGACGCGAUCUCGCUGGGCGACCCCGUCGACUGCAGCGCCCUGGACAACGUGGGCGCGGCGCCCUGCGUGGCGGCCGGCGGUCUGGGGCCCGCGGUGGAGCUCAGAGGGGGGCGGGGCGCGUUGGAGGUGUUGGCGCGCUACGGCGUCCACAGAGACUUCCCGAGGGGCGAGGGCGGGGAGUUCAAGCAAGGUGAUCAAGGCGCGCUGGGGGCCGCAGAUGCGCGGAGGUGUCUACAGGUGGAGGUGCGUGGCCCAGGAGUUCGAGUGGAUGGAGCAGCGGGCGACGUGUUCGCGGCGGGCUCAUCGGCGCAGACAGGCAGGCUGGUGGACUUCGCCAGCAUCAAGGAAGAGCCGCGGGACCUUCAUCGCGGACUGCGUGAAGGCAUAUUAUCAAGCGCACCAGACGGAGAAGGUUUGCGUCUAGCCACCGUCAGAGCACUUGGCGAUGAGAUGGGCAGAUCGACCGACGUCGUCUGGGCUUUGGGCGCGAUGCUGCCUGGGCAGCGUGUGGCAGGCGCUGGGCGGGAAAACAAGGCUGCGAAGACGCUCAAGGGCGAAGGCUUCGAGAGGUGCGAGUGCCAGCCGCAGUUCUACCACCGCGAGGACAAGGAGAUCCUGAUCGAGGUGCGCAUGGGCGAUUACCAUGGAGAAGGACCGAUAAGGGACCUGGGCAGGACCGUCAAGAGGCCGAGAGAAGUGCUCGACCUGAAGGCGACGGGCGUCAUCAGGCAAGGGCGCUGCCCUCACCUGAAGCGGGGCAGGUUGAGGCUCGUUAGCGGCGACGUGAUGCUAGGGCCGAACGUCGAGCACAUCGAGGACCUGAUCUUUGUGGCGGGCAUGGAAAGGGUACACAUCCAGAGGGGCGGGCAGUUGCUGGCGCGGAACUCGAGCAAGCCGGCGGAGUCCGACAGGAAACGUUUGGUGAAGCUCGCGAGGUACCUGGAAGGGGCCAAGACGUACGGCGCGCUGCUCAAAAGGCCGGCGGCGAGCAAGCCAGGCGAGGUGAAGUUGCAGAUGUUCACGGGCGCGGACUCCGCUACGUGCAAGGAAACACGAAGGGCGAUGACUUGCGGCAUCGCGAAGCUUGACGGGGUGCACUUCGCGGCGUUCGCGAGGGGGCAGGGGGCCCGGGCGACGUCAUCUGGAGAGGCGGAGUUCUACAGAGCGAUCUCGGUGGUGAUGGGCGGCAAGUUGGUCAAGUACGUGCUGGAGUGGCUGGGCUACCAAGUGACCUGGGAGCUGGGGAUCGACAGCAGCGCGGCGAAGGCGAUGAUCAACAGAGAUGGCGUUGGCAAGGUGGAGCGCCUGGACGUCAGAGCACUGUGGACCCAGCGGGAGCGGAAGGUGCGCGGUCUCAUCGUGAAGAAGGAGAGUGGGGAAAAUAACGUGGCCGACCUGGGCGCGAAGGCCCAUCCAGUGGCGAGGUCCGAGUGCCUGCGAGGACUGGCGGGCAUCGUCGAUUGCAGUGAGAUUGACAAGCGCAAGGAGCUGGAGGCGUGCGCGGUGGCGACGAGCAGGAACUGGUCAAGGAGAGGCCUGCUGGCCACCUUGCUGGCGCAGGGGGCUGCGGAGAGUGCGACGGCUUCGACGUGCGCAGCGGAGAGCUACAAGCCGGGGGCCGCCGACCAGGUGGCAGCGGCGAUCCAGGACACGAUCUACGAGUACACGGGGCACAGCAUGACUCUGAUCAUCGCGGUGGUGUUCCUAGGCGGCAUUCCGUGCGGGUAUUGCUGCAGGAAGCUGAUGGAGCCACCCGAGGUGAAGUACACGGACAAAACGAUGCAGAUAUGCGGGAAGGGCAGCAGCGGCCCGAUCGCAAACGGGAAAGCAAACAUGAAUAUUACGAAUAACCCGAUCAU